GUGGUUUAUAUCAACCAGGCGUAACGCCGGCUGCGCAGUCGCUAUUGCCAUGGCGUGUCAGAUGUCGAAGCAUCGCAUAAGCAGGCCGAUGACAAGCUGGUCAAUCCCAGUGGCUGGAGGUGUGUCCUCCCCACGACGUAGCGGAUAUAGCGGAUGCCCCGGAGGCUCACGGAUCGUCAUUGGCAUCCUUCUGCCGGCUGGAAGUGCUGCGUCAAGGAGAUGGAUCUUGACUCGAAGAAGACCUGGAAAUCCUCGAGCAUCUGUAGGUCGUGUGUCAGUCGAGGAAGCCACCGGUGUGUCGUUAGCAAACGAGGAUCAACCACAGGUUCUGCAGGAUGCUGGAGAUUUUCUACUGGCCUGGAAACCUCCCAAAAUGUCCAUGAAGCGCCCCAGGGGCGGCGGCCACAGCGACUUCGAGGCACAGUAAAGUCAGUGGUGAUUCUGGCGGCACUAGCUCUCAGGGGUUGGCUACAGCGGUCCUUCUGCCAAAGUUGCAGAUCUUGUUUCAGGCCCACCCCGUGCACCGCCACGCCACGAACGUGUCGUUACGCCACGCCCUUGGAACUGUUGGCCUUGCCGCCAUUGGAGACGUACACUUCGAAAGGAGUUCUCCCUGCGCCUGGGCCCACUUUGCCAGAGGGCAAGCAGUCUGUCUUUGAUGGAGUUCCGCUGAUGCAGACGGAUCAAGGCGUCCAGGCUGAUGGAUUGCUGGAGAAGUUUGCUCAACGACUUGUGGCUGAAGCUGAGCCCUUGGACGUGCUGUCCACCUUACUCUUGUUUCUGGCGUUGAGUUUGGGUUUUCUCGACACGCCAAAGCGUUGGUUCAGUUAUGCCAGCGACUUUAUCAUUUGGGGGAUCUACCAGGUCAUUCCCGGCGAGAAGCUCUUUCCUGCGCGGUUAGGACCAGGUGACCCACAAGAUGUGGAAAAAGCUGAGGCGCCUGGGGUGGAUAGGUACGAAGACUUCCCUUCUGAAGUGCUAACAUUAUGGGGUAACUUCAUGUAA